UACAUGUACAAGGUGUGCAGGCCGAGUUGACAUCAAUGACAUACCACUAUAUAGAAAGCCGUAUGUUAUGCAGAGCAUUUCGGGCAUAUUAGGUCACUUUUGUCCAAGGAUGCGACCCACACCAGUCGACUAACACCCAGGUACCCAUUUUUACUGAUGGGUGGACGUAGGCAACUGGUGUAAGAAAAAAUGCCCAAUGUUUCCACCCUUUGCUGGGAAUUGAACCUGGACCCCUCACCGUGUGAAGCAAGAGCUUUUGCCACCAGGCCAUGGGCCACCAUGAGUUUAUGCAAGCAAUGAAGGCUCCCUGUACAUUCUUCAAGUCUGCCAUUUCAUCUGUUUGACUGGGGCCUAGAAAGAACAAAUAGUGUUUGGUGAUAUACAAGAAGCGUACCAGCACAAUGUUUGGCCAGCGCCCUGCUGUUGGUAAUAAUAAAGUGGUGUGCAGUUAUUUCCUGAAGGGUACAUGUAAAUAUGGCACAAGAUGUUGGAAUAUACAUCCACCAAAUCAAGGGGGAACAGGUAUGGUAAAUACCUUUGGAGUAGGCACCACAGGUGCUGGAGGCAAUGUGUUUGGUGCCAAGGCCACACCUUUAAAAGAUUCCAAGGAUUUUCAAGAUUUUGUCAAACAAGUGAGUGGAGAGAUGACCCAAUGGGAGCGUAGUGGCCAGUGGCUUGUGUCCUGCUUUGCUCCUUUGAAAUCUCACCCUCCUCUAUUGGGUUUUUCUGAUUGUUCACCUGAAGAACUCAGAAUAAAAGCAUAUGAAGCCCUGAAGACAAAUACCUCAAAUAACUAUCAAGCUCACUGGACGGAGCUACAGCAGAGGUACAAGCAGUUACGUGAGGCACUGAAGAUGCCAACACCAGAAGCUGUGCAGGCAAUGGUUUGUGGGAGACCUUUCUAUUGCAUUGUGUUUACCAAACUGUAAUCUGCUUCUUUAUUU